CGUCUCUCUCUCGCCUCGUUUCUUUCAUUUCUUCUCCUCUGUGCCCUAAUUUCUCCCUCUGCAUCUUUAUGCGUCUGCCGGAUGCUUCUCUGCGUUCUUGGAUGCUCUGUUUCUGUUUACUGUUUUUGAUUUAUCAAAAAAAUUUGACUUUUUGAUUGUUUUUUGGUUCCAUUGGAUGAUGCCAGUUGUACUUUUUGCCCAUUUUGGGAGAUUCUUGGUGGAGAAUUUGGUUUUCUGUAAUUUGAGCUGAAUCAGGAACCAAAUCUGGAAGGGAUACUGUGGCUUGAUCACUAUACACAAAUUCGGAUCCCUGGCCCUAGCCAUUAACUCAUGUCAUGCUUCCAGAUACUGUUAGUCAUGAAUCUAGGACCAGGGAUCCAAAGAUGAGGGAAAACAGUUCUGUGAAUACUAAAAUGAUUGAUAGAAAUUGGGUCCUGAAACGUAAGCGGAAAAGGCUUUCAUGUGGACCAGAUCUAUCAAAUGGUAAAGAAGGUUCUUCUGUACCAUCAGAGUCUCCAAGAAAUAAUCCUCCUGCUAAACGUAGGCUGAAAUGUGGUAUAGGCUUGGCUCGGUCUCCACGCAAGAAGAAAGGAAAUGAUGGGUACUACUUUGAAUGUGUAAUCUGUGAUCUUGGAGGCAACUUGCUUUGCUGUGACAGCUGCCCUCGUACCUAUCAUCUCCAGUGUCUUACUCCACCUCUCAAGCGUACUCCUCCUGGAAAAUGGCAAUGUCCUAACUGCUCAGAGAAGACUGUUUCUCUAAAGUCGAUAAACCAUCCAGAGUCCAUUUCAAGACGGGCAAGAACAAAGGUCAUUGCUGAAAAAUCUAAGACAGGAACUAAAUUGUCUGACUGUCCCAAGUUAUCGCGGGUAUUAGAAAGCUCCAUUCCUGGAAAGAGCAGAUCUAGUAAAGGAAAACCUUCCUCUUCUCAUUCAGUUCCAUCUCUGGAAAAGAAACCAGAGCCAUCCCAAACAGAUGUUCAUUGCAGCACAAAGUCAAGCCAAUCAUCUCAUGGUGGAUCUGCUGAAGGCAUCUCAUCAUGUGCAAAUACUGAUGCUGAGAAGAAGCCCAACUUUUCUUGUACAGAUGCUGGCAGGAAGUCUAGUUCUCCUGCUAAUGAAGUCCAGUCCUCUGGGAGAAUGUUAGACAAGGAGCCAAUUGAAGAAUCUUCUGGCAGGAAAUCUGAUUCUCAACAUAAUAAUGGGGCUCCAUUAAAUGAGCCAAUUCCCUUACUGGAUCGUGCAGCUAAGAAGGCAAGGAAAAAGAAGCAGAAAAAUAACAAGGAAGAGAGUCAUAAGAAAUUUGGUAUUGAUAAAGGAAAAUGUGCUGUAAAAAAUCCUUCCAAGCGUGGAGCAAAAUCAGCUUCUGCCUGUCCUGAGGGUAGUAAAUCUCGCCAAAAAAAUAAUUCAGCUGAUCAUCGUGUCUCUGUAUCACUGUCGAAGGAGGGCCUUGGAACAAAAUCUCCUGUUACCAAGCAGGAAGAUGAGAAGCUUGCUGAAGAAAUGCCACGCUCAUCACAUGCUUUGGAGGAACAAAGUGGUCAAGCAGUUAAAUCGGUGGUUUGUGAAGAAAAUGUUCCUAGUGAAGUUCAACAGGUUGAUCGGAUUCUUGGAUGUCGAGUUCAGAGUAGUGCCACAGACUCCUCAUCUCUUGAUGUGCCAAUGAAAGUUUCAAAUUCUCCCAGGACUCCAAUACAUGCUGCAUCUGGAAAGAACUCUGUGGUGGUUGGAAAUGAAAUGCUUUCUCAAGAUUUACCUAUCUCAGAGAAUAAUAACAGAUUAUCGGAUGGCAGUCCUAUGCCUGAUAAAGUUAUCGAUGUUGGGGAUGCUGAAGAUAUUGCUGAGGGUUUUCAGAAUACUGUUAUGCAAGUUGAUAAGGGAAAGAACAUAGAUAAUGAUUCCAGAACAGAUAAAAUACAUGUCUACAGAAGAAAUGUAAACAAGGAGUGUACAGAGGGGAUCAAUGUGGGUUCUAAGAGGAGAUCUUUCAAGGAUUGGGGUCUUACAGCCCGAAAUAAUGAAGGUAAAGAUCGAUCUACUGUAGAUACAAAUACAGCAGAAGUAGCUGAAAAAAUGACAAUGGAAGAGAAUACUGUUAUAGAACAGCUUAACUUGAAUGAUCCUGGUAAUAAUCCCUUGUCCAAAGAUUGUGCGACACCCAUAUCUGAUGGUUCUGGAGAUGCAAAAGAUACAGAUAAGGAGGUAAAACUGAACAGCAGUGCAGAAAACAAAAUUCAUGAGGCUAAUUUGGAUGAAUCUAUGCCCUCAGACAGAGACUUUGUUCUGUAUGAAUUUUUAGUCAAGUGGGUGGGAAGAUCUCACAUUCACAACAGUUGGGUUUCUGAGUCCCAACUGAAAGUAAUAGCAAAGAGGAAACUAGAGAACUACAAGGCUAAGUAUGGAACAACAGUGAUUAAUAUUUGUCAGGAAAAGUGGAGCAAGCCACAGCGAGUGAUUGCUCUGCGUACAUGCAACAAUGGUAUGACUGAAGCUUUUGUGAAAUGGUCUGGACUUCCUUAUGAUGAAUGCACUUGGGAAAGAUUGGAUGAACCUGUCAUUCAGAAGUCAUCAAAUCUGAUUGAUGAAUUCAAGCAAUUUGAAUGCCAAACAGUGGCUAAAGAUGCUAUGAAGGAUGAUUCUCUGUGUUGUAAGGGUGAUCAACAACAAAGUGAGAUAGCUACUCUUGCAGAGCAACCUAAAGAACUUAAAGGUGGUUCACUAUUUCCACAUCAGUUAGAAGCAUUGAACUGGUUGCGCAGGUGCUGGCAUAAAUCUAAAAAUGUCAUCCUUGCUGAUGAGAUGGGGCUAGGGAAAACUGUUUCAGCUUGUGCUUUUAUUUCAUCAUUAUAUUUUGAGUUUAAAGUUCGGCUGCCUUGUCUAGUCUUGGUUCCUCUUUCCACGAUGCCAAACUGGCUUGCUGAGUUCUCCUUAUGGGCUCCCAAUUUGAAUGUUGUGGAGUAUCAUGGUUGUGCUAAAGCAAGGGCAAUAAUUCGGCAAUAUGAAUGGCAUGCUAGUAAUCCAGAUAGUUCAAAUAAGAGAACUGCAUCAUAUAAUUUUAAUGUUCUCUUGACAACUUAUGAGAUGGUGCUUGCUGAUUACUCUCACCUGCGUGGGGUUCCUUGGGAGGUGCUUGUGGUUGAUGAGGGGCAUCGCCUGAAAAACUCAGGAAGUAAACUUUUCAGCUUGCUAAAUACAUUUUCCUUUCAGCACCGUGUUCUGUUGACUGGCACCCCUCUGCAGAACAACAUAGGUGAGAUGUAUAACUUGCUAAAUUUCUUGCAGCCUGCUUCAUUCCCUUCUCUGUCAUCAUUUGAAGAGAAGUUUAAUGAUCUUACAACUGCGGAAAAAGUGGAGGAACUGAAGAAGCUUGUUGCUCCACAUAUGCUUCGGAGACUUAAGAAGGAUGCUAUGCAAAAUAUACCCCCAAAGACGGAAAGGAUGGUUCCUGUUGAAUUGUCAUCCAUCCAAGCAGAGUACUACCGUGCAAUGCUUACAAAGAACUAUCAGGUUUUACGGAACAUAGGAAAGGGUGUUGCUCACCAAUCCAUGCUAAACAUUGUUAUGCAGCUUCGGAAAGUCUGCAACCAUCCGUAUCUAAUACCAGGCACUGAGCCAGAAUCUGGAUCAGUUGAAUUCCUUCAGGAGAUGCGCAUCAAAGCAUCAGCCAAGCUGACUCUGUUGCAUUCUAUGCUUAAGGUGUUGAAUAAGGAAGGUCAUCGUGUCCUUAUAUUUUCACAGAUGACGAAGCUCCUUGAUAUACUGGAGGAUUACUUGACUGUUGAAUUUGGGCCAAAAUCAUUUGAAAGAGUGGAUGGUUCAGUAUCAGUUGCAGACCGUCAAGCAGCAAUUGCACGCUUCAAUCAAGACAGAAGUCGCUUUGUCUUCCUGUUAUCGACUCGGUCUUGUGGCCUUGGGAUUAAUCUGGCUACUGCGGACACUGUUAUUAUUUAUGAUUCUGAUUUCAAUCCACAUGCUGAUAUUCAAGCAAUGAAUAGGGCACAUCGGAUUGGUCAGUCAAACAGACUUCUGGUGUAUAGGCUUGUUGUUCGUGCUAGUGUUGAGGAGCGCAUAUUGCAGCUUGCAAAGAAAAAGCUGAUGCUUGAUCAGCUUUUUGUGAACAAGUCUGAAUCUCAAAAAGAGGUGGAAGACAUACUACGAUGGGGAACAGAAGAACUUUUUAGUGAUUCUGCUAGUGUGACUGGAAAAGAUGCAAGUGAAAAUUCUAGCAAUAAAGAUGAAACAACCACAGAUACUGAUCAUAAGCAUAGGAGGAAGACUGGUGGUCUUGGGGAUGUGUACAAAGAUAGAUGUACUGAUGGUAGCACAAAGGUUGUAUGGGAUGAAAAUUCAAUUUUCAAAUUGCUUGACCGCUCAGACCUUCAGUCUGGGUCAUCUGAAAUUGCUGAAGGAGAUUUGGAUAAUGAUAUGCUUGGCUCAGUUAAGUCAUUGGAAUGGAGUGAUGAACCAAAUGAAGAACAAACAGGGGCCGAAGUACCUCCUGCAACUGGUGAUGUCUGUGCACAAAAUUCUGAGAAGAAAGAGGAGAACUCAGUUAAUGUUCCCGAAGAAAAUGAAUGGGACAGACUUUUGCGUGUGAGGUGGGAGAAAUACCAGAAUGAGGAAACAGCAGCUCUUGGUCGAGGGAAGCGCUUAAGGAAAGCUGUUUCUUACAGAGAAGCGUUUGCUCCACAUCCAAGUGAAACACCGAGUGAGAGUGGCAAUGAAGAGGAGGAGCCGGAGCCAGUCCCAGAGCCAGAAUACACACCUGCUGGUCGAGCUUUGAAGGAAAAGUUUGCUAGGCUCCGUGCUAGACAGAAAGAAAGGCUAGCUCAGAGGAAUAUAAUUGAUGGGUCUCGUCCAGUCGAGGAACAGGUUGGACCUGAGUCACUUCCUCCUCCCACAGCAACUGAUGACAAGGAAACAGAACAACCAGUUGAACCUGUCAGAGAGAAGGCUUUAGUAAUUGAUUUGGAAGAUUACAAAUUCAAUCAACCUUCAGAUGUACCAAAGAGCAAGAGCGAUACAAAUAUGAGACAGGGGAGGUUCUCAAAGCAUGGUUACAAAAAUAUGUUGGGCAGUCUAGACCUUUCUGUUAGACCUCCUGGCUCUCUUCCUCCUGAUAUCUUCUUACCAAGCCAUCAGUACCAUAGCACAAGUUACUCAAGCUCUGUGCCUACCAGCAAUCUGUUGCCAGUUCUGGGGCUCUGUGCUCCCAAUGCUAAUCCACCAGAAUCAUCACACAGGAAUUCUCGUUCUUGCAAUGUACCACGAUCAGACUCUGGCCAGAAUAGCUUAGGUUUGGGGUUUCAAGAUUUUCCCUUCCGCCUAGCUCCUGGUGCUGGAAAUUCAGUUAAUAUAGGUCUUCAAGGCCGAGAGACUGCAGCAGAUACAUGUACAAUACCAGAUGCAUCAGAUAUUCCACAAUGUCGACUCAAAAAUGUCAUAUCAGAUGGUUGCUUCCCAUUUAAUCAGUAUCCUCCCUCGACAAGCCAAGGAAGAGGUCUUGAUCCUCUAGACAAUUCAGAUGCUGCUUUCUCUGCUUUCCAGGAAAAAAUGGCAGCACCUAAGUUAGCACAUGAUGAUAACCAGUUAUCCAAAUUCUCUCAUUCGGCUAAAACUGUAUCCAAACCCCUUCCAGAUUUCUUACCAAGCUUAUCCUUGAGCACAAGAGCUGAACCUGCAAAUGACUCUGUUCAGGAUUUUUCCACAAUGCCAUUGUUACCAAAUUUCAGAUUGGCACCGCAAGAUAUGCCAAAACAUACUUUGGUGAGGGACAUGCCACCCACAUUGGGCUUGGGUCAAAUGCAGACCACAUAUCCAUCGUUACCUGAGAACCAUAAGAAAGUUCUGGAUAACAUAAUGAUGAGGACUGGGUCUGGAUCAAAUAUGUUCAGGAAAAGAUUAAAGGUUGAUGCUUGGUGUGAAGAUGAACUUGAUGCUCUCUGGAUUGGUGUUCGUAGGCACGGAAGAGGUAAUUGGGAUGCCAUGCUUCGAGACCCCAAGCUAAAGUUCUCCAAGCACAGAACUUCUGAAGACCUUUCUUUAAGGUGGGAGGAGGAACAACUCAAGAUUUUUGAUGGAGCUACAUACACCACAACAAAAUCAACAAAGUCUACCUCGUUUCCUGGCAUUUCUGAUGGAAUGAUGGCACGCGCAUUGCACGGAAGUAGAUUUUCUGGUCUUGGGACAGACCACUGCCCACCCCCUAAGUUUCGAACCCAUCUGACUGACAUGCAACUGGGUUAUGGGGACCUAACACCAACCCUGCCACAUGUUGAGCCUUCCGAUCAUUUUGGUUUUCCAAAUGAGCACUACACACCUUUUCCAUCACGGAAUUCUGAUAGGUUUUGGCCUAAUUUCUCUGGGGAUUUAAAUGCUGGUCCCUCAGAUAGACAAGGGACUUCUUCAAACUUACACCUGGAACAGCCAUUUUUGCACAGUUCAUUGGUAAGCAGUAGCUUGGGUUCAUUAGGGGUGAAUUACCCAAGCAGCUGUGAUUUGCAGAAAAAGGAAGAACAGUUUGCAAGCAAGUAUGCCAAACUGCCCAGUCUUUUGAACAAAUCUCUAAAUUUCCUACGUGAUUGCCAUAAUAACUUGCGCGGUGGUGAGUCCACCAGCUCUGGGUUGCAGCCAGACCCCAAUAAACGGCUGCACUAUGGUCAUUCUCCAGCAAAGGAUGAUGUAGCUGGAAGCAGUUCCACAACAAGCAAACUUCCUCAUUGGCUUCGGGAAGCCGUAAAUGCUCCUGCAAAACCUCCAGAACCUGAACUGCCUCCUACUGUCUCGGCAAUAGCUCAUUCUGUUCGCUUGCUUUAUGGUGAAGAGAAGCCAACGUUUCCUCCAUUUACAGUCCCAGGUCCACCUCCUUUCCAACCGAAGGAUCCGAGGAAGAGCCUGAAGAAGAAGAAACGGAGGUUGCGUAAGCUCAGGCGAGUGACUCCAGACAUCAUAGCAGAAUCCAGCAAAAACUUUCAAAACAACAUGUUUGGUGAAAAUGUUGCUUCAAGCUCCAUUUCACUGGCACCACCAUUGCCCUUGCUGCCACAAUCAACAAGCAGUGCAUCAGGGUUCCCUUGGAUUGAGCCCAAUCUCAACAUGUCCUCUUUAAAUCUAAAUCUGACAUGUUCACCAUCAUCAUCAGUGUACAUAAAUCACCGAAAGAAACUGGCUGCAGGAUUGUCCCCCUCACCUGAAGUCCUCCAUUUAGUUGCAUCAUGUGUUGCUCCAGGGCCUCAUAUGUCAUCGGCGCCUGGCAGUGAAAGCUCUAGCAUCCCAAGGAAUGAGCUGCCCUUCACCAAUAUUCGGGAAUCAGUCGUCCAGGAUGACAGCCCAAGCUUGAAGGGUGCAUUCAACAAACGGAAGGCUGGGCAGAGCCCAUUAUCACAUAUUUGGAGUCAGGAUCCCAAGGAGAGAAGGGAACGGACUGAAAGUGGGGACUCCAGCAAGACACAGUCAGACCCUUGUAACAUUGACAGGCCUGAAGUAGAGGAAAUAUCUUCUGAAGAGACUGUAUCAGAUGAUCAUGGGAGUGAACAUGAGCCAUAGCCGUUCCUCAUUGCACGCCAAGCUUCAGAGCCCUUGAGCAGGAGGGCUCUUGUUUUUUGUAAGCAUGAUUCAUUUGAGUGUUUACUAGCGAUGAUAGGAUCAUUUAGGACAUCUCGUGUAAAGCUUUUGUAAGAGAAAAGAAAUAUAUAGCAUCAUCCCCUUGUUGGUAUCCUUCCGUUUCUGUAUGCAACUUGGUAAUAUAAAAUCUUUGAUCAGCAUUAAACAACAA